UUCGAUAAAGGCGAAAACGCAAGCCAGGCGGCUGAAAAUGUGAAUAGUGUUUAUGGUCCUGAUACUGUAACAGUCAAUAUCGCGCAAUUUUGGUUUCGUCGAUUCCGUUCCGGUAAUUUUGAUGUCAAAGAUGCACCACGCUCUGGAAGGCCAAUUGUCGAAAAUGUCGAUAAAAUAAUGGAAAUCGUCGAGUCCGACCGUCAUGUAAGCACUGUUUCGAUUGCCCAGGAGCUAAACAUUGCACAAAAAACCGUUUGGAACCAUUUAAAUAAGGCUGGAUACAAAAAGAAGCUCGAUGUAUGGGUGCCACACGAGUUAACGCAAAAAAACCUCAUGGACCGA